AUGCAGGUGUACGUGGCACUCAGGAUAUCGGCGCGGGCGCCCGAGAAGAAGCGGAGGAAAGGCGAGGAAACCUUCUUGGAUGGCACCAAGGUGCCGAGCAUCGACGAUGAUCCCACCAUCGACCUCUCCAUCAUUGUUCCUGCCUACAACGAAACAGAGCGGCGUACUACCCGUGAUGUUGUCGGAAACACUUGA